CUUUCGUUUUCACCUCCUUGCAGCAGCAGACGAUAUUUUCGUACCUUCAACAAACAGAAGUUACACCUGCAUCCUGCACUCGCGUGAUCAUAAAUUGUAGACUUAUCUUAGCUCAUGGCUUCGUGGAGUGUUUGAUUAAGAGAAACUUUAUGAGAUUACUUGUGCGACAUCAUGCCAGGAAAGGUUAAAGUAAAAAUUGUCGCUGGGCGAAAUUUGCCUGUAAUGGAUAGGUCCAGCGACACAACUGAUGCGUAUGUUGAAAUAAAACUUGGAAAUACAACCUACAAGACUGACGUGUGUCGAAAAUCCUUAAAUCCUCAAUGGAAUUCAGAAUGGUAUCGCUUUGAGGUGGAUGAUUCUGAAUUGCAAGAUGAGCCACUGCAACUGCGUCUGAUGGAUCAUGACACAUAUUCGGCAAAUGAUGCUAUUGGCAAAGUGUAUUUGGAUUUGAAUCCUCUCCUGUUACCUGUACCUCCUAAACCUGUGAAGAAUGUUCGAUCUGAAGGAAGUGCUACCACCACUGCAAAUUCUGGCUCUGUCAUGUCAGGCUGGAUCCCUGUAUAUGACACAAUGCAUGGGAUUCGAGGGGAGGUUCAUGUUAUUGUGAAAGUGGAGCUGUUUUCAGAUUUUAAUCGUUUUCGACAGUCCUCUUGUGGUGUUCUCUUCUUUUGUUCUCCAGCAAUACCCCAAGGCUAUUAUGCCCAGGUUAUCCACGGCUUUGUUGAGGAACUUGUUGUUAAUGAUGAUCCUGAGUACCAAUGGAUAGAUAAAAUCCGAACUCCAAGAGCGUCCAAUGAGGCAAGACAAACGCUUUUCUUUAAACUAUCAGGAGAAGUUCAACGUAAAAUUGGCUUGAAAGCACUUGAUUUAGGUGGAAAUGCAGUUAUUGGAUAUCGUCAGUGUUUUGACUUGGAGGGAGAGUCAGGCAUUGUUGCUAGAGGAAUUGGAACAGCUGUCUCUAUUGUUCGCCUACAUGAACCGGCUGCUCUGAACACGUCCACUCAGGAAGAAUCAAAGAUUCUUUCCCCCUUUAGAACAGCUCCUUGUCUAUAUGCUGCACCUUCCUCUCCUCGUCUCUGUGUCAUCCCCCCUACCCCAACAACUGGUGUCAACCCACUCUUACAAACCUCAAAUAGAGAAGACGGAGUGUUACCUGUGAUGGGACCCCGCUUUCCCAAGAUGAAAACUAAAAAGGGUAAAAAACAGCCUGUUGUGGUGGUCUCUGCGUCGAACAAUCAAAGGCCUUUCACCCACCGCCGUCAAUGCUCCGCUCCCUUUGAUUUAGCCCAACAUGCACCAUAUAAGAGACAAAAUUCCACCAAGUCUCUUGUCACUGAUCUUUCUGAUCUGCGCCAUUUACUUGAACAAGAAGAUAUGCGCCGAAGUCCUGGAUCUCCAGGAAGUAGCCGUUUUAUGAAGGUCAUUCGCCAUUUUCCUAGGAAGGUGAAUGCGUUACGGGGACGUCUUCAAUCUGACUCUGACUCUGAACUUGACACAGUGUCAUGCUCAUCAACAAAAUCACUUUCCUUUGAUAUAAGGCGCAAGGCACAAAAGCGAAAUGAUUCAGUGACGGCUGCUCUCAUUAGAUCUAUUAUGAUGGACUCUGGAAGAGAAUUAGAGGACUGUGGUGGUUUAAGUCGAGUCGCUGAAGGCGAGGAGACUGUAGUUUCUGCACCAGCUACACCAAAACUUAAUUUAUUUCCAAGUUCAUCAGAACUUGAACUAGGUGGAGCCAAGGAACUUAUUCAUCAAAUAUCUUCUGAUAAUGAAGAAAGUAUUGCAUUUAUUGAGUCUUCAUCAUCUUCCUGUGCCUCUUCAACUUCUGGAGAUGAAAUCACAGAUUCAUCAGCUAUUGGGUUGAAAGAUGAAGAGAAUUCCCUUGUGGAUGAAUUUGAAUCACAGGAGGAUAAGCUGGAUGAUGAUUCUUCUUUGUUGUCUGUCGCAGAGAAUAUUAUUUCCGAUGUGUCCCCAGGCAAGAACCCAAAGGGGAGAGUAACAUUUGUUAUUGGUUGUAAUGAAAUAUUACCUUUCGAUGAAAAAAAGAAAAGUAGGUCUUUGUCUCCAAAAGGAAAAACGGACCGUAACAAUGUGUUUCGCAAGGGAGUAUCUUUGUCUCCCAUUCUUGUAAAAAAUAAGAGAUACACAAGCAAUUGCUCUAACAGCCAGUCUUCAAGCCCAAGCCCAUGUCAUUCAAAAAUUGAGACAGACACAGUCUCUCUAACUGGACAUGGUAAAGAGCAAAGGAUUGCCUCUUCCCCUAAAAUACCUAAAGCAACAAGAAAAGAGACAAGCACUAGUCAUUCUUCCAAAGCACUUGCCAGUAUAAAUUACGUCCAAAGUAAGAGCCCAUUUGACCAAGAGUUCACAGCAGCUACCAUCGCAUUAAAAUCUUCGUCUGAUUUUGUUAAGAUUGAGGAUUUACCACAACCAUUUGAGGCGACACAACCUUGCCCUCCUCCCAAUACUGCCUCUCUUCCUCUCUCUCAUUCUCCUUUGCCUCCUGUGUCUUCUCCCUUCAAUCCCAUUGCUUCAGCCUCUAGUAGCUUUCAUGCAUGUAUUCAAAACACAGGCACAGUAGAAAGUUGUAACCACAUUAAUUCGAAAGGUGAAGACAGGGAACAAUAUUUGCAAGUAGACCGAAAUCCAACAUUACUCACAAACUCAUCAACUCUCAGUUUCCCUGUGCUUGAUGAAUUGAAAGAGCAGAAUAUUUCUACUAAUGUAGUUACUAACUUAGUGGUGAACAGUGCACCACAGCCAAAUAAACAUGAGCUUCAGAGUACUGUAAGCAUGGACAGUUCUAGUGUCACUAGUAUUGUGGAAGUGGCUCGGAAGAAAAGCGUGUCAGAUAACCCUGUGUGCUCACUCACGCUUGACAUCCCUCAUGUGUUGUCCCCACUCCAUAAGAGUAGGAGUACCACUAGCCUAGUGUGCCGGCAUGAAGCUGCAGCAGCCUCGCACUUUGUCACUGACGGAGAGCGAGAAGGAGCAACAACUGUUGCACAUGAUGAGGAUCGAGCUGCCUCAUCAACUCAGCUGACUUCAAGUGCCCACAAGCAGUCGCAGUCUCCAACUAAGCUCACUGCCGCUCCAGCAAUACAUAGGAGAUCAUCAGAUUCAGAUCUAAGCGUGACUCCGAAAGGCUGCUACCGCAAGAGAAAUAGUUUGACUGGGAGCGGAUCGUCGUGUCCCGGACAGCAAGGGCGGCCGCCCGCGCUGCAUCUUCAGCCACCUGUCAUGAAUCAAGACAAUUUUGAAAUGUUGGAAUACCCAUUCAUUACAGUGUCCAAAUUUCCACCUGGAUUUGUUCAAAGUAUAGGUGGAACAGUAAGCUCUCGUUCUGUCAAACUCUUGGAACGGAUAACCAAUUUAGAAGAGCCAGAAACUCGUGACACCUGGUGGAAGGAAUUGAGAAUGGAAGUUCGUUCACAUGCUCGAGCUCUUGGGUGCAAUGUUGUCCUAGGAUAUGCAGAACAUACUAGCAUUUGUGAUGAUGUGUGUGUACUCAGUGCUGCUGGGACAGCUGCUGUUAUUAGUCUUCAGUAUAGUGCAUCUGAACUUGACACUUCCGGUGGGGGUGCUAACACAGCAGUCAACAUAACUUCUGGUGGGGGUGCCAACACAACAGUCAACAUAACUUCAACUGAGAAACAGGCACCCCAACAACAACCAAUGGCCCAACCAUUAGUUCAGACCACUCAGCUGGAUCAGAGUCAAUCAGAACAGGCUUCUACUGAAGUACAGCAAUUACAGUACCCUCACCCACAGCCUCCAUCUCAAGCAGUGCAAGGACUACAACCACAAAAGCAGGCCAACUCUGCCAAACAGAGUCAUGACCGUGUUGCUAUGACUUCAUCAUUAGACAGGACAGACUUUGAAAAGGGUUCUGGUGGCAAAAGUGAACCCGCUUAUCCUGGCAAAGUCCGCCAUUUGUCUGAGGGUGCUGAUGGGGAGAUUCUACCAGGAUGCUUCAUGUGUCAUAUACCGUACUCGGAAUCAAGUGUCCCAUUUAGAGUCAAGAUGAUGAAAUGUGCCAUGUGCAGAAAAGGUAAGGUUCCGGAUGUUCUUUUGACAACUAUGGAGCCACCAGAGGGAAUUCCUGUAACGGGUCGAGGCUGCUUAGUGCAAGCUUAUGUCUGUCGUCCAAAGAGAGACACCAAAGGAGAACUCAAUGCUAAAGAAAUCUCAGAUGGUUUGCCAUUUUUAGAAUAUGAGUUGCAUCGAAUGCUUCUGAAUAAGCUCAAAGUAAAAGGAAUGAACGCCAUCUUUGGAUUAAAAGUACAAGUUUCCAUAGGAGAGAGAAUGUUAGUCGGUUUGGCCACUGGCACUGCCAUGUUCCUCACUCCUCUACCUUCCCCUCCAGUGCCUACCAUCACCGCAGGAAACUCGUGGAGUGAUGAGCGUAGAUUGCUGGAAGUUCAAAAGACUCUUUCAGAAACUGUCAAAAGAAACCGUGAGAUAUAUCAUCUGAAAUCUCUACCUGAGGGUGAAACAGCUAAUGGUAGAAAUAAUCAGUCGGAUACAGAGGACUCUGAAGACGAUCUUCCCGACCUAGACUUAGCUACAGGAAACAAAGACACUUGUGUCAUGGAGGUCGAUGAUAAUGAGGAUGUUGAUGUUAUUUCCUUGCUCAUGGAUCCACACCCUCCUGAUGGCUUUUUUGUUGUCAAUACCGAGGUGGUACCUGGGUUGGAGGAUAUGGAAGUAGUGAGAAACCUGCAAAUGUUUACCCAAGUUUGGCGAGCAAAGGUUACCCCUACAAUGCCGCCAGUGGUGUAUUCAAAGCAUUUCCACAGGAUGCUACAAAGUGUGUAUUUCAAGUUGCGCCGCAUGGUGCCAUGUGCCCUCGGCCAAUUACAAUUUUUUGUGGAAUUGCCUGAACCUGAUGAACUUCAGCUAACACUAUUAGGAAUGGCUUUAGGACUAGGGGAAGCAGAAAAGAAUUCCAAAAUAAAAAGGAAAACUGUCCCCCCUUCAGUAAGCAAAGAGCCCCUCAAAAAAGAUGAAAAUGAUUUAAUAUUUAGCCUAGAAGAAGAUGUUGUUUUAGAAGACAUUACAGGCGCAACAGCUGUUGCUGCAGCUGCAUCUGCUGCUGCAUCAUCAGUGGGAUCCAAAAUGCGACCAAAAUCACCUCAUCAAUCAUAUACCCUUAGCCAACGUUUGCAAAAUCCUCCAAAGAUUCAACAUAAACCCCCAAGGGAGCGAUAUGGUGUUGACAUCACCCCCUUGUCGUAUAUCCCUGGUGGAAAAAUUGAUCGAUAUCUCGGAAACUUAAAUUUCUUCUUUAUUCGAGAAAGUACAGCCAUUCGUGAGAGUGGUGGUCUUAGUGGGUUCAUCCAUAGCUUCAUAGCAGAUGUUCUUGCCAUAGUAAGGGCUCAUGUCACAGCAUUGGGAGGAAAUGCAAUGGUUGCAUAUUUCAUUUCAGAGAAUGUUUUACUUCACAAUCCACAUAAAAACCAGGGUCAAUGUCUCAUUAAUGUGGGUGGUGAUGUAGUUCAUGCAUCAUAUUAUUCAACUGAUCAAUGACAAAAGAUAAAUGGGGCAGCACAGAAAGCAGGUCGUCCCAAGUCAACCAUACUCUGAGCGCAAUACAUUUCAACUUAUCCUUCCUCUGAAUGACUUACAAUGCCUUUUGGCUCUGAGAGCAGGUAAGAGGUGCAAAGAGGUAUAUUUUUUAGGUCUUAGUAAAGACAAGAAACAGCAUUUAUAGAUUGUAAGAUAAGAAGACUUCAACUGAAAGUGUCAUCAAAUCACGAAUAUACACAACAAAUAAAAAUCUUAAUAGUCAUGCAUGAACAUAAGUUCAGCACAGAAACAAAAAUGUUUUGAAUGGUGAUUUUGCUCAAGAAAUGUAGGCCUAACUUAAGCAGUUGAUCCUUUCAUUAGUAUUAUUAUUAUUAUAAUUUGUGUUGCUCAUACAAUGAAAUUACUCUAGUUAAUGAAUGCUCUCAUAAUGCAAUGUCUGUGCCACAUGUUAUACUGUGAUGUUAUGAAGCAAUCACCUUUCUCAUGGUCUUCACUUUUGUUGUAUCGGUCACAAGUGACAAUAAAUGUUUUCUUGAUUUUGA